CCGCCUUUAAACUAUAAAUGAAGAAGAAGAGGUUUCAAUAUGGCGUCACAGUAUUAUCAAGAAAUGCAGGAGAGCUUCAAAAAUAACAACAAAAGUCGGGAGUUUCCAGCUCAUACAGCAAAGGUUCAUUCGGUUGCGUGGAGUUGUGAUGGCAGGAGACUCGCCUCCGGUUCUUUUGACAAAACAGCGAGUGUUUUUAUCCUCGAAAAGGACCGUAUGGUGAAGGAGAACAACUACAGAGGUCAUGGCGACAGCGUCGAUCAGCUUUGCUGGCAUCCAGCCAACCCAGAUUUGUUUGUCACAGCAUCUGGAGACAAGACCAUUCGUAUAUGGGACGUCCGAACCACCAAAUGCAUAGCUACUGUCAACACGAAAGGAGAGAACAUCAACAUCUGCUGGAGCCCUGAUGGUCAAACUAUUGCUGUUGGGAACAAAGAUGAUGUGGUGACCUUCAUUGAUGCCAAGACUCAUCGCCCCAAAGCAGAAGAGCAGUUCAAGUUUGAGGUGAAUGAAAUCUCGUGGAACAAUGACAACGACAUGUUCUUCCUCACAAAUGGCAACGGCUGCAUCAAUAUUCUGAGUUAUCCAGAGCUGAAGCCUAUUCAGUCCAUCAACGCUCACCCGUCCAACUGCAUCUGUAUCGAGUUCGACCCCACAGGGAAGUACUUUGCCACAGGAAGUGCUGACGCCCUAGUCAGCCUGUGGGACGUGGAGGAGCUGGUGUGUGUCCGCUGCUUCUCCAGACUUGACUGGCCGGUGAGGACUCUGAGCUUCAGCCAUGAUGGCAAGAUGUUGGCCUCAGCCUCUGAGGAUCACUUCAUAGACAUCGCUGAGGUGGAAACGGGAGAGAAGCUGUGGGAGGUUCAGUGUGAUUCUCCAACCUUUACGGUGGCCUGGCACCCAAAACGGCCGCUGCUGGCCUAUGCCUGUGACGACAAGGACGGCAAGUACGACAACAAUCGAGAGGCGGGCACCGUCAAACUGUUUGGCCUCCCCAACGACUCCUAAGACAUAUCAGCUGUGUUGAUGAUGGGAAAACUAGUUUGAACAAAGCACCGCCUUUAUGCCCAGAGGAUGUUGCUGCUUGGCAUUUAGCUUUUUGGCUUCAACUCCUGUUGCCACCAGCAGAUGGUGCAGCUGUCCUAACCUUUCCUUUCAAACAACUGACCUCUGUUUUUAUACAUAGAUAAAAACACAAUUCCCAGUGCUGUAAUAUAACGUUAUGUAAAAUAUGGAUCGUUUUUAUAUUAAAACUAGUCUCUUUA